CGUAUGCGUUGCAGAGUAAAGAAAAGCAGGAGUAGUUCAAAGCAGCUCUCAUUUUUGAUCAAUAAUGGAAACUAAAUUGACGCAUACCGUUAGAGAGCACAGUAUCUGUAUUGAACUACAAUGACAUGAAAACCGCCACCAUCAGAAAAAAAAAUAUGAAGACGGCUGAUCGUCGAGAUCUCGUACUUUGUUGUCCUACAAUGACAACUCGCGCAUUUAAAACUUUAUCAACGUAAUUGUUUCGAAAAUUCUGAAAGGAAUGUAUGAACGGCGGAUGAAAACUACCUCAGGACAUAUUCAUCAAAAAAUUCCAACGUUCGUUUUCACAAUGGAUAAUACACAUUCCAGAAGUAAUGCUAUGCUCAGCAUACUUAUACUUAUUAUUUUUGCUCAAAUUUGUUGGACUUAUCAGCCUAAAGUUAAUUAUAGAGAGAAAGAAAAAGAAGUGUUGGAUAAAAUUUUAGGACAAGGUGUUUACGAUGCAAGAAUUAGACCCUCAGGAGUCAAUGGCACAGAAGACGGCCCAUGUAUUGUAUAUGUCAACAUUUUUCUACGUUCAAUUAGCAGAAUUGAUGAUUACAAAAUGGAGUACAGUGUUCAAUUGACAUUCAGAGAACAAUGGAUGGAUGAAAGAUUGAAAUUCGAUGACUAUGACGGAAAAAUAAAAUAUUUAACAUUGACUGACGCUAGCAGAGUGUGGAUGCCGGAUUUGUUUUUCUCGAACGAAAAGGAAGGCCAUUUCCAUAAUAUUAUCAUGCCCAACGUGUACAUUCGAAUAUUUCCAUAUGGCUCAGUUCUUUAUAGUAUCAGGAUUACGUUAACUUUAUCGUGUCCAAUGAAUUUAAAAUUAUAUCCACUGGAUAAGCAAGUGUGUUCAUUAAGAAUGGCCAGCUACGGUUGGACCACAGAUGAUUUAGUAUUCUUAUGGAAGGAAGGUGAUCCAGUACAAGUUGUGAAAAAUCUUCAUUUACCUCGAUUUACACUUGAAAAAUAUCGAACUGAUUAUUGCAAUAGUAAAACAAACACAGGGGAAUACAGUUGCUUAAAAGUAGAUUUACUUUUCAAACGAGAGUUCAGUUACUACUUGAUUCAAAUUUACAUCCCGUGUUGCAUGUUGGUAAUAGUAUCAUGGGUUUCAUUUUGGCUGGAUCAAAGUGCUGUACCAGCCAGAGUAUCAUUAGGGGUAACUACCCUUCUAACAAUGGCUACUCAAACAUCAGGAAUAAAUGCUUCAUUACCACCGGUAUCAUACACCAAAGCCAUUGAUGUCUGGACUGGCGUAUGUUUAACGUUCGUUUUUGGGGCACUGCUAGAAUUCGCCUUGGUGAAUUACGCUUCCCGUUCAGACACCCACCGUGAAAAAAUCCAAAAGGAGACUAAAACUAACUCUGUAGAGGAUGGAAACGCCUUCCAAAUGAAACCUUUAAUGAAUCGAGCCGGCCACGUCGAAAUGAUCCGACAUUGCGAAGUGCACAUGCAGCAGAAAAGUGGAUGUUUAUGCUUCCGUUCUUGGAUUUCGAAAUUUCCCACUCGUUCUAAACGUAUCGAUGUAGUUUCGCGAAUAAUAUUUCCGUUAGUGUUCGCAUUAUUUAAUAUUUCGUAUUGGUCAACAUAUCUGUUUAGAGACGAACAAGAGGAUCAACAAUAAUUUACGCAAGUGAUAAGCCUAAAAUUUUUGUAUAUUGGUACAACUGGCGAACCAAUCCUCUUUUUAUACAACGUUUGGAUUAUAUUUCUACCUUUUUUUUCAAUGUGUGAUCUAUUUAUUAAGCUUUUCAAUUAUUAUUUACCCAAUUAUAACGUUUGAUCGAUCGAACUACCACGAUUAACUAUAUAGGUAGCGAGUAUCCUAUCUUAUCUGGGAUUAGGCACAUGAUUUUUCGCGUUUUUUUUUUUUGUCGAAUUAUUUCUCUUAGAUUACCUUAUUACUUACUCGUUUUUGUUUUUAUCUCGUUUCGUUUUCUGUUAUUUAUUUAUUUUUUUAAUUUGUCAUUAGAUAAUUUCGUUUCGUCACACGACUUCUUUUUUCAUACGGUUUUUGUACUGAAUCGUGAAAUAUGUUGUAUCGAUAACGUAAGAACCAUUCCGAUUCGUUGGAAUCGACUUUUUAAAAAUCCGAAUGUAUCUUUUCAAAUGCCUUUUACUCCUUCGUUUUACGUAAACCACGUUAAAAAUAUGUUGGUGUUAUUAAAUUUGCAUAACCAGUUCGCCGUAAAUGUAUUUUUUAAAAUUAAUGCAAAAAUGUAAUGGUUAAUCAGUUGAAUAUUUCGCGGUAUUCUCAAAUUCUGCGAGCUUCGCACCCUUUUUUCCCAACACGAACAUUACCUAGCUGUGGCUCUGAUUGAUAAUUUUAUUUCAAGUAUUGGUAAAUUAAUUGAAUUUUUAUCUAUACAUAUUUCAUUACUCGAGUUCGCAAACAUAUUUUUUUGUUUUUCAAUUGAUUAGUUUUACUUUACCCACCAAAGAAAAAUAUUUGAUUUAAUGAUACCGAAUUGUAAUAUAAAUAGGUACUUACAUAAUAUAUGUUUUAGGUAACUACUUUAAGGAAAAUUCAAAGGCCUAAAAUAAUCUGAAACCGAUUAAGGAGAAAGUUUGAAAUUCAGAUUAAAAAAUGAACUGGUUCAGUGCCUUUUAAAAAGUUCAGGUCUUUUACGUUGAAUUUAUACCAUGCAGUUUACCAAAGACUCGAGAUACUGCUAUAAGCUUAAUUCAAAUGACUGGACUAAAAUUAGCAUAAAUGUUACCUGAUAUUUAUUGAUUUCAAAAAUCGGAGAACGAAAAGGAAACUAGAAACCAAAAUCACGUGGUAGCCGUUUCUCUUAUUAUUAUUUUAUUAUUGUUAUUUAAAUUCGAAAAAUUUGCGAAUUUUCAAUUAUAUCUGCUCUCUAAACGGUUGUAAUUUUUCUUUCGAUGUCCAUUCACAUUACUUCGUUGUUUGAAAAAAAGAAAGAAAUUUUCCAGUUUCGAACUGAGGAAUUGAACGAGAGUUGUGAAUGCAAUCCAAAAAGUCAAGUUGGAAAGCUUUAAAUUUUCAUCACGAUUUCUGAUUUUUCAGAUCGUUUAGUAAUUUUUUUCAUUUUUUAUCUGGAACGUCUUGAAAAGAAGUACAUCUGAAGCAAAAAAAAAAAUCGCCAAAUUAGACACUUCUCUCUGUGUUUGAUUAUCACUUUUUCUACCUACAGUACAUAUAACAUAAACGUAUCUAUACUUCUCUGCUUCUAUAAACAGAAAUAUUAUGAUUUCUUGUUUAAUAUACAUACGUACAUGCAACGAGUUUUUUUCAAUAGAUAUGCUGCAAUAAAUAUUAAAUAACUAACGAGGAUACUUUUAAUUACACUGUACCUAUCAAUAAUGCAUUUUUUUUCUUCCAAGAUGAAGUAUGUUAUUUUUGACAUACUCGUAUUAUGUAUACUUACCUAUCUGAAAUUAAAUAGGUAUAAUAUUAUAGCGUAGCUAUUUUUUUGAAAUUAAGUAUUAUUCCUUAGGAACAGUACCUAAUACCUAAACUCACAAAAUUUGUAUUUUAAAAGUCAGAUAUUUUGCUCUUUUUUGUACAAUGUAAGAAUCCUUUCAUCUGAGAAUUAGUAUGAAUCCGUGUCAUUUUUACUCUUUUGAACUAGGUAGAUAUUUAUGUCUCGUAAAUAUUAACUUUAAUUUAAUUUGUAUUGUGAAAAUUAAUUUUUUUAAAAAUGAUUUUAUACCUUCAUUAGUUUGUUGUACUUAGUACUAAAUAACGAUGCAUCAUAAUGCGAAUCAGCGUUUGUUUACCCACGAAUUUCUCACCAUGUACAAUUUUUAAUUAGAAUAAAUUUUAUAAUAAAUACCUUACUGUUGAAAGUCA